CGGUUUUUAUAGUUACUAGUAUAAUAUUAGCAAUAAACAACAAUCAGUAAUGACAGCUUGGCCGAGUGGGAAAAAAAUUAUCGGUCGCCGUGAUGGAGAUUCGUCGGGAAUUGGAAGAGUUAAAGCUCGAGAAGGCGGAAAUAGAGCACCGUAUAUCGACCCUCGAAGCAAAGCUCCGGCGGUUGAACGAUGCGACGUCGUAUCAAAUGGUUUCUCUUAUCAAACGGCGCCGGAGCUUGAACAUGGGUUGUCUUCGGAUCAGAUUUACCGUUACAGUCGCCAACUGUUACUUCCUUGGUUUGCUGUUGAAGGGCAGUCAAAUCUUUUGAAGUCUUUGGUGUUAGUUAUUGGAGCUGGAGGACUUGGUUCAUCUGCCUUCCUUGUUACUAACGGGAAACCAACCUGGGAACAAAGUGAAUUACCUGUUUCUCAACCACAGGAUGAGAUACAUCCACAGCCGCAGGCACAGAUACAGCCACCACCGAUUAAGAGGCCACCAGGACGUCCUAGAAAGGAUGGAGCUUUGCCUACAGUGAAGACUGCUGCUUCUGUUUCCGGUGGUGUGGAAAUUGUGAAACGAAGAGGUAGACCUCCGAGUGGAAGAGCUGCUGGAAGAGAGAGGAAGCCUACAGUUAUCUCAGCUCCAGCUUCGGUGUUCCCGUAUGUUGCUAAUGGUGGUGUUAGACGCCGAGGGAGGCCAAAGAGAGUUGAUGCUGGUGCUUCUUCUGUUGCUCCACCACCACAACCACCUAACGUAGAGAGUGGAGGAGAGGAAGUUGCAGUCAAGAAACGAGGACGAGGACGGCCUCCUAAGAUCGGUGGUGUUAUUAGGAAGCCUAUGAAGCCUAAGAGAAGCUUUACUCGUACUGGUAGACCCGUAGGAAGACCCAGAAAGAAUGCGGUGUCAGUGAGAGCUUCUGGACAACAAGAUGGUGACUAUGGAGAGCUCAAGAAGAAGAUUGAGUUGUUUCAAGCGAGAGCUAAGGAUAUUGUUACUGUGUUGAAAGCUGAGAUAGGAGGAACUGAAAAUCAAGCGGUGGUUCAAGCCAUACAGGACCUGGAAGGGACAACAGGAACAACAACGGAGACAACAAACAAGCCACAGCACAUGGAAGAAGUGCAGUUGCCAGACGAGGAACACCCUGAAACUGAACCCGAACCAGUGGGACAAGGACAAGGACAAGGACAAACACAAACAGAAGCAGAGGCUAUGCAAGAAGCUCUGUUCUAAAGAGAGCUCAUGAUAUAAAAAAGCUAGCAAGUG